AAACAGUAAAGUUUUCUCCGGCAGUUUUAGUCAACCUGUCGGUUGUGGAAAUGGAAAACCUCUGAAGAACAUACAGUUCAAGACCCAUUUAACACACGACAUUAUAUCUGCCUCUAAACAACUACUUUGAAAAGCCACAUCACCUUCAAAUUCAAUGUAAAAUACGGGAAUUAAAAGCGCCUGAACUGAACACAAGCUGCAUUAUUGGACUCCUCAUCACGUUACCUGUCAAGUCUUGUUACCUGGCAACUGAAAACAACUGGUUGGACUCGUUUUUGGCCUCCUGGCCACCAAGUCUGUCCAUGUUGACCACACAGGAAAGGGUUUAAAGAUUCUGCCGGACUUCAAUUUACCUGCAUUACAUGUAGUGGAGAAAAAACAUCAGAUUUCUACAGGCCAGAGAUAACUGUUCCAGUAUUGGCUCAUCUUGGACUUGAUUUGAAUACUUGGCUAUCAGGACUGCAUUGGCCAAGUACAGUCAUGCACCUAGAGAUAAAGGUAGCUCUCAAUUUCAUUGUGUCCUACCUGUACAACAAACUGCCCCGUCGUCGUGCUGACCUCUUCGGGGAGGAGUUGGAGCGGAUACUGGUAUCACGCUAUGAGGGCCACUGGUACCCUGAAGCUCCUCUGCGGGGCUCUGCCUUCCGCUGCCUGCACCUGGGGGCCCCCAGGGACCCGGUGGUGGAGCUAGCAGCCAGGAGAAGCGGACUGGACACAGAGGAAGUGCGCGCCAAUGUCCCCCCAGAGCUGAGUGUGUGGAUCGACCCCUAUGAGGUGUCCUACCAAAUUGGGGAGAAGGGAGCUGUUAAGGUGCUGUACUUGGAGGAUCCACCUGGCUUAGGUGGGGAAGGAGAAAUGGUGGAAGUAGUAAGUGGAGUGAGUAAAGGCGACAUGGAGGUAGAGGAGGCAAAGAGCUUAGGGUUCAACCCUGAGGCCCAGGUGUUUGUUCCAAUUGGAGGCCAGAUAUCUCCAGUUCUCCUUCCUUCCCUCUCCAGCUCACCCACUCCUCUCUCGGCCUCAUCUUGCCCAGUGCUUUUCAGCUAUCCCAGCUCCAGCACACCCACGAACCCAACGGCCCACUCCUCUAACACAUCCACACCUUCCCCUCCAAGUGGGGGACUCCCUUACCUCCCCUCUCAGCAGACAACGGCCGCCUUGCCCAGCACCCGUCCACCACUGCAGCCCAUCACCUUCACCACGGCCAGUUUCGCUGCCACUAAAUUUGGCUCCACCAAGAUGAAGAAGUGUGGCGGUUCCGGAUCGGCUGGCGGCUCAGGUGUAGGCGUGCCCCCGCCACAGAGGAUGCUCUCCCGUUCCCCCACUAACAUCUCUCCCCCAGGGCUGCUGAAACACAAGCCCCUCUCGGUCUCCCUGCACUCCCUGGGGGGUCAGAUCCCCAGCCAGCUCUCCCCCAAUGCCAAAGAGUUUGUUUACCAAGCAUCCCCAGGGCCCCUCUACUUUGACAACGAUGCUCCGCCCAUGCUACCACACGUGAGCCCCUUCCAGCACCCUCACCCCGCCCACUCCCACCCCUCCUUUGACCCAUUCUCUAGCCCCCCACCUGGUCCAGCUGUUGGCAUCAUUGCUGGUAGCGGUGGGAUCUCUUACAUGGAGAAGCCCUCAUUUGUGGAGGGUAUAGGGGGGUAUAACCUGCAAUAUCCCAGCCAGGCCUUCCAGCCUGUGGUGCUGGCCAACUAAGCCUUUAUGAUGAGUAUUGCUGUUGCAGCAGUAGAGCAGUAAUGCUCAAGUAUUUUUUUCGAAAAUUGUUCUUAGUGAUACUACAGCGUAGAAUGAGUUUUAUUACUACUACAACCUCCACUAUAUAUUUCAAUAUAUCAUUGUUACUGUUCAGAUUUUGUUUUGAGGAUUUUGAUUUCAGUUUCUCUCUAACCAGAGGAGUAACCAGCCUCCUAUUGCACAGACAUUUUUUUAAUUGAAUGUUCAACUGAGUAAAAUGCCCUUCAGCUUUGGUCUAUUGACAGCAGUAUGUUUAGUUAUUUUGCACUUCACUGUCAUGCUGUGAAAAAGGACUUAUGUCCUGUAAGAUUGCUUUUGAAAGCUUAGUGCUUUGCAAUCUGCUCGGCCUUAGUUGCCACAAAUGAACAGUUGGGUUUGUGCUGUUUUGGUGAGGUCUUAUUCAUGCUAACAAGUGUUAAAUGUGCUCUUCUGUGGCUUAUGGUCAUCGUGAAUAUAGUUGGCCUGUUACUAGAGCGUUGAAACAUAUCACACACCAUGUCGGAAUCUGUUUGGCGUGAGGAAUUAGUAUUUGCCAUUCAUCAGCGCUGAAAUGUGUUCAUGGAACAUGCUAAGAAAGGGAGCCUGUGUGUAGUGUCUUGGGAAUAGGGAGGGUUGAAUGUGCAGGGUAUGAGGAAAUGUAUCUGUCAUGACAGGAAGAAUUACUGCCAGGGAGGUCAGCAAACCUUGGUGAACGUGAGAGGCAAGUUGAUCUUUGUCUUCGUUAUAUCCAAUGUACUAAUCUCCCAAACACACACACUCAUGCACACUCCCACACAGACACACACACACACGGGCACAUAGAAUCUGUCAGCAGUGUGUGAAGGUGAACGGGCGUUGUUGGAAGGGGAUGGGAUGCAGUUAAGCAAUGGGGAUUGUGAUAAAUGGCUUAGCGUGACUUUGACUAUGAAGGAGAGGUCUUACUCUGCAGGGAAAGGAGGAGAACUGGGAGGGAGUAAGGAGAGGAAAAAGGGAUGGCAAGGCAGGGGCAUCGAUGACGUUUUACCACCUUUUGGCAUCUUGGGUGCAAUGGCUUUAGACUGACACUUUAAAACCCGGAGCACGUUUCUGUAGAGCUUCAGUGGCAUUGCAGCCAAUGGCUCAUGCUAGCUCCCCUGCUCUUUAAUCCCUUCAUUAUCUGUUCCAGUUGCUGCUGCAGUGGGAGACCAGAAUCAUAUAAUGAAAGCUGUUUUCCUUUUCAAUUUCCAGGACUAUGAAUGUUACCUAAACCUGUGUUUUUGUCACUUUAUGAUGCCAUGUCAGAUCAUUCUCAUAUUGAUGGUGUUGAUACCCUGGCUCCAUCUAGGUAAUAGAGGGGGCUGGUAUGUCACCAGGGUUCAGGCAGCCCCCUAACCUCACCUUUCCUUUUGAGACAUACAGCACUUUAUAUUAUUGGGCUAUAGAUGCCAUGUGAUCCCCCCAGUCAUGUUAGGAGCUAAACGUUCAUUUUCUUUGUCUUUCUGAUAUUGGCCCAUUUAUGUUACAGCUGCAUCUGCUAAGAAAUGUUGGUUCUGUCACGAUGAGAUUUGUAUUUGGAUAAAAUGGGAAGGGGAACGUAUCCCUAGCCAUCAUCUGAAUGUUUUCUAGAUUGUGCCCAUAAACAUCUGUGUAUAAACUAACCUAAGGACCCUUGACUUGUGCUCAAACUGGUAAUUGCUGUGUGACAGUCGGUCAUAUGCAUGUAUGCAGUCAUUAAAAUUUUCUUUUUCUUUGCUUCCAGGGGUUGGGAGGGGAGGGUCAGAUCUCUUUUAUAAAUGUAAUGGUUGUGAGGGAAGGGUGCAUUUUUACAUUUGUAAUUUAUUUUACAUUUUCUAUAUUUUUCCUGUGUUUUUCAAAAGUAAUUAAGUACAUUUGUAAAGGUAAGAGAUAGAGAUAUAUAUAUAUAUUAUAACAAUAUCAGUAUGUAUAUAUUUCUUAUGUUCAGGUUUCCUUUGUUUAGUUAUGUGCUGAAGUUAUUUUACAAAAAAUAACUAUAAAUAUAUAUGCAAGUUGGGACUAAAAAUAAAGAUGUAUAAAAUGAAGUAUUGAAUGUGUAUUGUACCUUGUACAGAAUCUGUCCAAUAAAAGACGGGUAAAUGUAAUUUGUUAAAUUGGGUUUUUGAAGACUCAGAUUAAUGUUUACAAUGGGUGGAUAGAGGUAGAAAGUCUGACAGCAUCAUUCUCAGUCUGUGUGUUUCUAAGGGCAGUCUGAUAACUUGUAUGAUUCCUGUUCCUUCAUAUUUCGUACACUUAAACCAAAAAUCUCUACAUUUAAACCAAAUCCCCUUAGUAGUGCUAAUAUCGUACUAAUUUUGUCCCUUAUUCAUUCAUAUUCCAUCUACAUAUUUUCCAGUGCCAUAAAUCUUUGCUUUACACCACCUAUACCACUAACCUUAUUUGUGUGCCUGAACAGUCCCACUGUGACUGAAAUGGCUGCCAAUUUCAUUCUCACACAAAGACGGAGGGAAAGCAGAAAACCUGUUCCUGCAGUCUAAUCCUUGAUGAGUAUUCACCUCACAUCCAUUUGUGGUAACGUUCCCCUGCUCCCGCUACUAUAGCCAUAACUAGACUGUCUUUACUCACACAGACACUGACCCUGGUCCAGUGCAAUGUGUAACUAACGCCAUAUUCUAGACCACAAUUGAGGGGGGGGUGGGUCUUGGCCCUUUUCAACCACAAAUAUUCCAAUACAUUUCUUCAAUAAGUCAACAGUGCUUCAAGCAGUUUUAGGAGGAGGAUAGUCAUUGAAUGUGCUGUGAUUAUGAUCAGUGACUGGUCAAUUCUGGUGGUGGACAGCCUAGAGAUGGAUAUAGCUAUUUUUUUGUUUUAUUUCUUCUUGUUGAUUCAGUGAGAUUUUUUGGUUUCCAAAAUCACUACAAGCAUCCCAAAGUGCUGCCGCCCCCAUUGCUUAAACAUUGGUCAGAUUAGUCUUGGUAAUCGGAUGUGUGCUGUGUUUUAAUUCCCUAGGCCUGCAAAGCGGGUCUGGAGGUUUGUGAGUGGUGGCUUGGAGGCCAUGUUGCGGUCACUGACCGCCUGCCAAUGUGAAGGCCAGGCGACUGUGACGUUUGAGGGAUGGGGGGCUGCUCUACUUGGAAGUUCUGAUGGAUUAUAGGAGGACUAAAUAUUGUUUCACAACAUUGGCUUUUUGGUCACUGGGUGGACAGUGUUUGUUGCGGUAUAGUGGUUGGCCGUUGGUUUACGUCUUGCGUUUUAAAAAUGAGUAACAGAUUACACUAUCUCCUCCGUUAUUUUAUUUUUUAUCCACACUAAAAGCAGGCUGCUCUACCACCAGGAUUUAAUAAAAGUAUUUUGCUUAUCCAUCUACGUGUAUUUUAUUUAGCAUUUCGGAAUAUUUUGUUGUAAGAUUUUAACUUUUAAGACUAAAUGCUAUAAUUGAAAAAGUGAGAAAUAUUAAUAUAGUGCUUUCUUUUUUGCCUGUAUUUUGUUAUAAUUUUCCUAUGUUGUAUCUGAUCUGUACAGCCUGUAGAUGUAUAUGAACCUUUCACUACUGAAAUGCAAUGACCUGUUUUCUGUGUUCCCCCAUGGGAAUGGGGACUUACUACUGCAGUUUCUUAUUGUAUCAGAUACUUUUUUAAGUUUGUAAUAAAACAAUGGCAAAAAUAA